CCCUCCCCCCGACGCCCGGCCGCGAGCGGGACUGAGGCGGCGAUGGUGACUGGGCAGCGGCGCGGGGCCGGGCCCUGGGCUGGGAGGCUCAGCUACCUCUUUCUCUCGCUGCCCCCGCCCCUCCUCCGCCCCCUGUCGUGCUAGCCCCGGCGGCGGCGGCCCAGCUCUGCGCUCUCGCCUCGCCGCCUCCUCCCCCACGCCACGGACCCUCUGCCUCCCCGCCUUCGCCCCCUCCUCUCCCGCCUCCUCCCGCUCUGCUCCCUCCGCCUCCUUUCCCGAGCGGCCAGCCGGGGCACGAGAGAGGUGGCAGCGAGGAGGCGUAACGGAAAGCCCCUGCUUGGGGAAGGCUGCGGGCUCCGAGCCUGAGACGCCGAGCUGAGGCCGGGUAAACUGGCAAGCUGACCCUUGAGUUCACAGCUGGCCUAUACCUUCUGCAUUUCUUUAAGAAGCUCCUCAAACAGGUGGUAUUUUUCUGAAGUUGUUCUUUGAGACUUACCAGCAUUCCUGCAAAACUAUAAAUAGCUUUGUCCAUUGGGUCUUUGUCUUUCUCAGUCAACUCUCUGGCGACUUUCUUCUUGUCCUCUUUGGGCAGCAUCAUGAAGCUUGAAGAGCAUCAGGGACACUGCAGCUUCACAAGGAUGUCAGAAGAAAGCAAGCGCAGCUCACAGGCCUCAAAACUCCACCCCAGUGCUAAUAUUUUUUAGCACUUACUGUACCACAAACGCCGUGCUAAUAAGCUAAGCAUGUGGUAAUGAUCAGUUAGUGAUAUACGCUGGCAGGUGUGCUGGGGAUUCUACGUACACUCUCACCUUCGCUUAUCGAGGCUUGGGAACAAGGUGCUACUCUCCUUAUUCUGAAGGUGAGGCCGCCGCGGGGCCGCUGCUGCCCAACACAGGACCCGGUGUCACAGAGCACGAAUGCCGCGCGCCCGGGACUGCGCUGCUGCUGGUGGCCGCGGGAGUGAAUGACCGCUGCUGCGACUUCCUUCCCAGCCUUCCUGAGCAGCCUCCCGCCCCACCGGCUGACUGUUUUGGUUGACCCCGUGGAUUCCUGCCGCUUUCCCCGCCGUGAACAUCAAUAUGUGUCAUGUCAUUGUCACCUGCCGCUCGAUGCUCUGGACCCUCCUGAGUAUUGUAGUGGCCUUUGCAGAGCUCAUUGCCUUCAUGAGCGCAGACUGGCUAAUUGGGAAAGCCAAGAGCCGCAGCAACGCUGAGCCGGCCAGCACCAGCGGGAGCCCCUCCGAACCCUACCACCCAACUUUGGGCAUCUAUGCCCGCUGCAUCCGCAACCCGGGCGUGCAGCACUUCCCGCGGGACACGCUGUGUGGGCCCUACGCCGAGAGCUUCGGGGAGAUCGCCAGUGGCUUCUGGCAGGCCACUGCUAUUUUCCUGGCCGUGGGCAUCUUCAUUCUCUGCAUGGUGGCCUUGGUGUCAGUCUUCACCAUGUGUGUUCAGAGCAUCAUGAAGAAAAGCAUUUUCAACGUCUGUGGGCUCUUGCAAGGAAUCGCAGGCCUAUUCCUUAUCCUUGGUUUGAUACUCUACCCUGCUGGUUGGGGUUGCCAGAAAGCCAUAGACUACUGUGGACACUAUGCAUCUGCCUACAAACCUGGAGACUGCUCCUUGGGCUGGGCCUUUUAUACAGCCAUUGGUGGCACAGUCCUCACCUUCAUCUGUGCUGUCUUCUCCGCACAAGCAGAAAUUGCAACUUCCAGUGACAAAGUACAGGAAGAAAUUGAAGAGGGGAAAAACCUUAUCUGCCUCCUUUAGUUUGGAAGAGACAUGAAUGCCAUUUUCUUUCUUGUGUAAUGUUGUGAAACAGUCCUCAGCCUUUGAAUCAAGUGGAGAACUAGCCUUUACCUAACAAAGCCACAUUCCCCAGGCUUUAGCACCGUCUGGUUGAGCAGUUACUGGACAUGAGGGCUGCAGUGCAAAGUGCAAGGGAUGGAACAUGAAAAUAGUAUACGAAGCCUGACUGUGGUCCAGGAGUCCUGUCAGACUCCACCUCCCCCAGGGCUCAAUGAAGGAUAAUGAUCUGAAUCAUUAAGGCAUCUGAUUUCUCUGAUAACAGAGGAGACUGCUGGCCAGCUCUACAGGCUGUUUUGAGGCACAUUGGUGCCUCAAAGCUGCAUACCUGUGAGCAUCUGCCUGAGAAUGAGGUCCAGGGUUGGUGUUUUGGUUUUCAUCGUAGUUCUUUCAAGUUGUCUCAAUUGAAGACUAAAAGGAAGUCUACAGACUUACUGGGGUUAGGAUGUGUGCUAAAGGACGCAGCAAGACGCUGUCUCUUGCCUCACUGACCAAAGGAGUCAGCAGGGAUAGUGUGGAAUCUUGCUGUAGAACUUAAUUCUAGGCUAAAUUUGGGGUCAGGUGGAUUAACUGAACUGUCAUGCUAAGAUUUUAGAAACUUUUAAAUAAAGAAAGAUUAAGGACCUGUACCAUCAUGAGACUAAAACUGCAAAACCUUGCUAGUUGAAGACAGAUCCUUUCCUCUUCUCAGCAGCCAGGCUAGGCCUAGACUGGCCCGGUCUUCUCUUCCCCCACACAUCACAGUUUUCUCCCAGGAUUAGGGUUGUGCUUUGAAUGCCAAAGGAAAACGUUACUCUGUUUUCCCCUUUCGGGGACAGUGGUCUCCAAACCAGCUGUGGCUCAUUCAGAUGUUCACUGGGAGGGACAGCAGGAACCUCAGCAUUUCAGGGAGACUUUUCUCUUUGGUGACCUUAUAGUCAGCAGCAGAAUGGCAUUCUUGGCAGAAAAAAAGGAGCUAGUCACUAGAGUUACGUUUUUCUAGAUGCCGGUGUUGAUCCUGAAAGCAGACUGAAAUAACAUUAAACUGCUGCAACUGAAGAGCUGCAUCAAAGACUUUAUGAAAAGAGUAGAAAGUUAAUGCAAAACAGGAGCUAAACCAAGCUCAUCGCACCUGCCUACACUUGUUUACAAAAACAGUCAAGCACCACUAUUAAAAAGGAUUCAGCUUUCCAUCUAGUUUCCUUAAAUUACCAAUAUAAUUGAUUCAGGAAGAGUGAAUCAAAAUGACCCAAGUAGCCAGAAACAACCUGGUCUGGCAUCAUGUGAGCUUCAGGAAUUGCAGAAUGAUACGGAAACACCCUUAGCAACUGAAGGAAGUGGGGUGAACCUGCCAGAUUUGAGGAAAGAUUAAAGUGUUGAUCUCUGUGGGUUUAUUAAUUGCUCACUUGAGGGUUGUUUUGAAAUUUUAACAAAUAGUCACUAGGCACCUUCUUCUGGCAAGUUAGUGUGUGCUAAGUACCACCAAGUGUACAACCCUGACUUAGAUUUUACAGCCUUGCCCUGGUGAAUCAUGUUAAAGCCAUAUAAGUCUGUAACCAUGCUUUGGUACAGAAUAAAUAAGUGCUUUAUUUAUAGACAGAAUGGGGCAACUAAAGUUUUAUUAUGUUUUGUUUGUUCUUUGGCCUACACUAGAAACCAGCUUAUCUCAGAUGAAAGUCUUAAGGGUAGGAGAGGUGAGAAGUGUGGAACCAGGUUUUAAUGAAUUUAUCAAACCAAAGUUCAGAGUAAGCAAGGUUUAAAUCCUAGGUCUCUUUUUUAACCCCCCAAAGAGAAGGGUAAAUAGAAAUCCUCCUAGCAACCUAGGUAAAGGCUCAGGAAACAUUAACCAUCUCUCCAGCCACAUGAAACUAGUCUAUGGGAGCCACUGGAGAAGGUGCCUGUCCCUGACUGCAUUGAUAGUGUCUCACCAGGGCCCUCUGAUAGCAUAUGGGCAAUACUUAUCAUUAAAAGCAAUUUCCAUCAUCAGGCAAAUCUUGAUAAAAACAAUUUCUUUCUUAAACUUAUCAGAUUAUUUUUCUUUAUAAAAUAGAGAAUCCAUUUCCUAACACUAAUUUUUUAAUCUCAGUCUCCUGCUUACAGACAAAUCAUAAGCCCAGAAGAGCCUCUGAGCAUGUCCAUCACCUGCUCUUUGGCAAAGUAGUGGUUUAUCCCUAGAUCAACCUGGAAACAUUCACAAGUGAAAAUGUGACCUCUCAGCCAGAAUAAAGUCACUUGAUAGUGUUUAUUUGGUUAAUUUGAAUGUUAUAAAAAGGCACAUACACAAACAAAACCCUAAGCCACUAAAAACUACCUGAAAACUGACUUCCUACAACAGAGCAGAGGCUGAAUUUUCUACUAGAAACAGUAAAAAGAUAAUGUGGGUCUUUUAAACCUUUAAUCCUUUAGACUGACUCCAGGAUGAAAGGACCAUUUAAAAUCAGGCUUUCUAGAUCAAGACUCUUCUGCAUGGCUCUUUAAAAAAACCACUUGUAGACCCACACAUUUUUCUAAUAAAUAGGACCAUUACUACUACCAGAAAAGUCUUAAUUUAUUUUGCCUGCAUUUGUGCUUAAAGUUCUGUCAUGGUCUGGGCUUCUCAGUGAACUCUAAGGCAGAAAUAUUUGCCUUAGAGUUUGUGGAUUCUUUAAACCUGUGUGCUAAUUCAACAAUGUUACAUUAAUUGUGUAAGGGUUUUUGUAUAGUUUCAAACAUCUGUGGUGUAAUGAUCUUUGUUAAACAUGUAUUCUGUAAAGUGCCAUAGUCUUUUUUUAUGUGUAGCAUAUUUAAAAAGUAUAUAUAUAUAUAUAUUAUACAUACACAAGUUUGUGUGAAAGAUGUGCAAUAACAAAAGUGUAUGUAUGUUUUGUUUUUUUGGAAACUGGACAGGAGUCAAAACAGGGACGUUUCUGUUUUGGCAAAGGAGAGUUACACAUGUUUGCCUUCAUGGCCAAGUCAUUAGCCCAUAACAAUUUUAAUGCUACACAAGUCUUAUGUGAACAAAAGACUGGUAUGAAAUCAUUUUCUCCUGGGUCUAAAUUAAAAUAAUCACUAUAUUUAUAUGAAAGUGAAGCCAGCAAGCCAGGCCCAGUUAAUGCUAGUCUUUCAUGUGAAAUGUGAAGCUGCCGUAUUGCCUUUUCUGUUAGUGUGAUAACUAGUAGCUGGUACAUAAUCACUAAGGAGCUAUUUCUUAAUGUGCUUUUAUAGACCAUGUUAAUGCUAGACCACUAUUUAAGGGCUAAUCUCACACCUUCUUAGCCAUAAGAGUCUGGCUUAGAACAGACCUCUCUGUGCAAUAACAUGUGGCCACUGGGAAUCCCUGGCCUACAUCUGUGUGUAGGUAGCAAUGACUCCCAAGGGCCAAAAGAGUUAAAGGGACGACUGGGAUUUCUUCUGAGACUGUGGUGAAACUCCUUCCAAGAUUGAGGGAGUCAUUAGGUGCUAUGGAGGAACUUGGCACCACUUGAUAUUCAACAGCCACUUGAGCCAAAUAUAAAAUUGUAUUUACAGCUGAUGGACUCAAUUUGAGCCUUCAAAUUUGUGGUUAUCCUACUAUAAUGUAAAGUAAUACAUUGUUUGUCUAGCAUUGAUUAGGUUCCUGUGCAUAUGUAUUUUCACAAUGUGCUCCCCUGCCCUCCUCAGAUCUGACAUUAAAAUAAGAUUU